AUGCCGUCGGAGUCGAGUGCUUCCAAGCGCCGUGCAUCGAAGGAGGUUGGAUCAGAGCCCACUUCCAAACGCAAGGCGUCCAGCUCCAGCAAGGACGCUGUCACACUGCAAGCGGAUGACACAGAGCCAAUCGGCCCAGUCUUAGUAUCUCUGUCGGACUUUUGCCCAGAUAAGCGUACCAAGUUCCACUUGUACCGUGCAUCGAACGAUGGGAAUGAUGAAACACCUCAUGCGCCACAGUCGGCAACACUAAACGACCGUCUUUUGCUGGCAGGGGAUACCAAUGUGAUGCAAUACAAUAGUAGCAACUGGGGAUGGGGCGCUUCGGCGCAGACCACGCCAGAGCUGCGUCGUGAGACACGUGGAUACUCGGGCAACUAUGUGCUGGGUGUGUACGAUAAAAAGACCAAGCAGGUGACGUUGCGCACUGUGCCUCUCUUUACGAUGAACCGCUCUGUAAAGGCCUUGUCGCAACUUAGCGCUAUGGCGACAGAGACAGGUACGAACGAUGGCUUUGACUAUACCAAGGCACGCCGCGAUCUUGGUGAAGCCUUUGGCAAUAAGAAACAAAAGCAAGCAGCUCGCAAUAUGGACCGUAUGAAGGUCAAUACAGAGAACAUGGACAGCAUCCUGGAGCAUGUCGCCUCGGGCAUCGAUGAAUCGGCAGCCACUCUUCCCUCCGAAAAGGAACUAGCCGCUGCGCUAAGUGCUAGCCGUGCACUGCCACAGGCCCAUGUCGACGCGGGCGAGCCGGCUGAUGUAUAUCCCAUGGACGAACUGGUCCCUGCGACGGUACUGAAGGCAUUGCACACACGUCACUUGCUCAAGUGCACAUCGCAGGCAGACCUCGGAAAGUCUCUUCGCUCUCUGUCCCUCCCAUCGCCCUGGCUGCUCCCUCGCAUGUGGCAGUUGGUGCAAACUGCUCAAAAUGACGCAGGCUCCUCGUCCAAGGCGAUGGAAUUGGUUCGUCUUGGCUACUAUAUCUCCAUUCUUCUCGCUUUCCGUAAGCAAGCUCGGGGCCUGGGUAAAAGCGAUGAUGGCGCGUCGCAUGUGGCACAGAAGAUGCGACUGCCAGACCACGAGAAGGACAUCGUCAUUGAGCACCUCACGUCGCAGUUUGCAGAGCAGGCUCGUAGCUCGCAACGGCAUGUAUUGACCGCCACAGGCGAGACGCGCUUGCUGGCUCAUAUCCUAGUGCUGGGUCUGCAUCUUGAGGAAUUCAACAUUGCACCCCAGCCUGUGGCCCAAGAGUUGGCUGUCCCCGUGCAGAGAGUGAACGAAAUGUUCAAGUCUCUGGGCUGCUCGAGCUCACAGGCGACACAGCAUGGCGUCGAUGAAGAAGGCGUGACGACCACGCAAGAACGACGAUGGCGUCUUCGUCUUCCGCUAUCGUUCCCAAGUCAACGGAAGCGCGGGCCGCCGCGCCGCUAA